AUGCCUUGUUCGGCCUGCUUGAUGGUCACCCCGCCCCGAGUGGUGGGGGCUGUGGCCCACGGCGGCCAUGUUUGGCGUCAAACGACGGCAGAUGAGGCGGCAAGCUUUUUGCCAACUUUGGGUGCUUCCACACCCUGUGCUUCGGGCCUUCUGAACGCGUCGAAUUUCUUGUCCACUGCACUUCGGGCCGUUCAAGACGGCUUCCAGUUUCAGCUGAAAUCAGCAUAUGGUGCAGGCACGAAGCAGGACGUUGCAAACGUCGACGACGCGGACGCACAUGUGCUGCGAUACGGUGGUCGUCUUUUGGGUGGUUCAGAUAAUUAUGAUAACGACGCAGACCGCACAAAGCGGGCGGUUGCGGCACAAGAGUCACUUGUGCGUCAAGCCACUGUGCUGGAUGGAUGCUGCGAUGGUGGCCAAUAUUUACCUAUAUUCUACAUAUUGAAGGAUGAACUUCAUCUCAACCCGGUGGACAUUUCCCUUGCGAUGGGCUUCUCCUCUUUGCCCUUCAUGCUGAAACCUGCACUAGCAAUGGCCAGCGACCGCAUGCCUAUAUUCGGUCGAAAGAGAACGCCCUACCUGGCUGGCAGCAUGCUCCUUGUGGCUGGCACAUAUGCUGGCGCGAGCUUGGCGCAAAGCUACGCAAGUGUGCUGGCCGGGCGAGAAUCCAUGAUGCCAUGGACCUGA